GUACCGGCAAGUUGACCAGGCGCAUUUCUCUCUCCACAUCGUUCACCAAGUGAACUCCACUUGUUCGUCGUCGGAGCUUUGCGUCAAACUGGUCGCUUUCAGUCGACGAAAACACGCGACGAGAAGUACACGUCGGGUUCCGUUUACCUGCAUUUUUGGAUUCAAUUACGUGCGCGUGUGCUCAUUGGUGGUGGUGUGACGCUUGGGGGAUUAUUUUUUUGGUUGAUAUUAUUUUGUCGUUCGGCGAUUGCAAUUUAUGGAGUAGUCGGAGAGGAAACUAAGAUAAGAAAUGGAGGCUUACACGACGUACCCAACGAUCUCCAUAGACAAACGUCUGUCCACCCUGUCGAUACAGUCGAAGAACCAUGACAGUUCGGAGUACGCCAUCAACCGAUUCUCGCAGAAGUACGACUCGUACCAGGAGUUCUACAAAGCCCAGCAGCAACGACAACGUCUGUCCUCGACGGGUGAAGGAAGCGGCGACUCCAGCACCACCACGUCGGGCAGCAGCUACGGCGAAAGGGAGGACAUGAGCGAAACGAGAACGGAGAGCGAGGAGAACGAGAGGGAGGCCCAGGAGAAGCCGUAUCAGGGGGUGAUCACGCCGGCCGAAAGGGAACAGAUCGAGUCGUUUUUCAGGGGGUUGAAAACCGAGGUGUACGUGUGCAACUCGCUGGCGAAUCUCUACGUGAAAUCGCCGGAGGACAGCGACUGGAAGCUGAAAUACGAGGGAAUCCCGGUCGUGAUCCUGGACAGGGGUGAAUCCAGGGCGCGGACGAAGCGCUGCAUCAAAAUAGCGUUGGCCGAAAGGGGCACGGGUUUCAUGCUGUGGCACGACAUCGUCGACAACCUGUCCUCGUACAAGAUGGAGGGACCGACGUUCCACACCAUGUGCUUCUCCGAGGAUCACAAGCUCCAGAUCGGCUUCAGUUUCGACAUGUGCAUGGCGGCCGAGGAGCUGGGACGACACGUGGAAACUCUGGUGGCCCGUCCGGAGAACGUGAACCUGUCCACACCCGGCAAGAAGAAAAAAAAGAAAACCAAGAAGCAACCGAAACCAGCGCCUCUGCCCCCGAAGACACACAUCUCGCAGCCGUGCUGCUUCCAACACGUGACCACAGUCGAAGUGAACGAUGCAAAAAGAUAUUUUUCGCUGAGGGAGCUGUUGCCUCGUUCCGUACUUAAUUCUAGUAUUAACACUGGCAUGUUACAACUAAGGCACUAAUCUAGAUUUAGGUUGAUAUUUAUGUUUUAAGUUAGCAUGUAUCAGUGAGCUGGAUCAACGAAUAUCUACACGGAUUUAGUGACAAUUCACUUUUUGAAUUGCUUUUGAAAAAUUUGCACGAUUAAGUGUUUAGAUGGCAUUAUCCAAAAUAUAAUAUGUAAUAUACUAUGGGUGUCACUGUCAUCUAUAUUUUAAUAGAUGUGUUGGAUCACCUCCAUGAUGAUUUAAAAAUUAAGUCACCUCUUAUAGGAAAGCAGCUAACUGAUACUUAUAUUUUAAAAUAUGACUGAUAUAAAUGUAUUUUUAUGAAUGAAUGGAUUUUAUUAUUUUUUGGUGUGAUAAUUUUGCUAUAUACGGACCAAAAACGUUUAACUAAUGAUUUCCACAUUCCUGCUCCAUCAUGUUCUAUGAAAAGUAUGUUGUAAUUUAUUACAAUAUUGAGAAGAUUUGAUUACAAUUUAUUAUUUAUAUUUGUCUAGUUCGUAAGUUUCCCUAUGAAAUUACAAAAUGGUUUGAUUAAAAGUCUUUAGUGUGAAUCUGUGAUAUCAGUUCGAAUUCAAAAUUUUAUCAAAAUAUGUAUGCAUUUAUGUAAAAAGUACAACUAAGUGUAUCUACUAAAUAUACCCGGAUAUCCUUUAGUGGACAGUGUAUGUUAAAUAAUUGUUUUAAAUAAAAGUAUUUGUAGUGAA